GAGAUUUGUUUGUGUUGGCUACGGCUGACUAUAAGUCUCCUCCAGUUUGUAUUUUUGGUUUGUUGUUGCUCACAACAAAAUCACAUAAUCAACGGAUCAAUGGAGUUGAUCAACGUAUAUUGACAUUCAAGUCAGAACCGUGUAACCCUAAAAUUGGCUGGUUUCUAAUUUUACAACCUCUACGUAACGUCUUCGGGAAAAGCUUCUGACUACAUAUAGUCAAUGUCAGAAGGGCGAUGUCUCGGUGCUGUUAAUCAGAAAACAAAGUGUUGGAAUGUCUCCUCAUGGAUAAAGAAUAAAAUUGAGGAUGAAGGUGUGCAAGCACGAAAUAUAAUCAAGUAUAGCGUGCCCAUCGAUAAUCCCAGUUCUCCCAGACGUUAUGUUGCAAAGUGCGACUUCGCUCUGCCUUCCUCGACACUUGAACAAGAUAUAACGAACUCGGGAAAAAACAAAAUCAAGAUUGCAAAUGGUGACAGUGCCAUCAAGAACUCUCUAUAUUCUGAAGUUAAUAGUUGUAAUAACUCACAUAAAAGUAGUAGUUUGAACAAAAACAACUUUUGCAAAGAACGAACUGCUUCCAAUACACGUUCUGGUAGUCUGAUAUCGACAAAUUCGAGAACCGUUUGCUCACAACUACAUCGUCAUUUUGACUCAGUAUCAACAGUUCCCUAUAGGCGUAUUAAUCGUGGAAGACCUCUAACUGAAAGCGAGUAUAAGGCACGUUAUUGGGGUCAAAUGUUGGAUACCUUAAGACGAACUAUCGAUGAAAUAUAUUCAGCAUGUGAAACAGAUGAGAAUGAAGUGGAGUGUAAGGAGGUUAUCAUGAUAUUGGAGCACAGUAAGCAGGACUUCUUUUCACUGAUAGAAAAAAUGAACUUGUUACGUGAUUAUGAACAGGCUGAUGCACAUAACAGACCAAACUCUCUUGCAUGGGAUGAACGCACUAUCCUGCCAGGAAAACCGAUUAUGUGUCAAGUAUUAGCUUCAACAGGUGUGGUUACAUCUGCUCAACAAUCUUAUCUUUCCACCCCAUUAAGCAUGAAAUCGGAUAGUAGUGUCAUAGAGGUUGCAGAUAGCGAUUCUGAUAUUGGUUGUACUAAAUCCGGUAAUCGGAACCAUUCAUUGAACAAACUUAAAUUAAACAUAGCAAUUAAUGGUAAUAAACAUCAUCAUGAUGAUGAAUCAUGUACUCGUCCACCCAAUAAUUCAAUGGUGGUACCAAAUUUGUGUAAUCUUGACAACGAACCAUCUGAUGCAAAUGACGAAGAUGAUGAUGAAGUUGAAAUUUAUGAUGAUGACGAAAGCGUAGGACAUCAUCGUCAUCGUCAUCACAAAAGACAACAAAUAUCUACCUUCACAUAUUUGGUUGAUGACGAUGCUGAUUACGUUGACCGAGAGGGGGAGGAUAAUACAUUAUCUCAUGAUCUGGCAAAAUUAGAUAAAGCUAUUGCAAAUGUCACUACAGCUGAACUUGUAUUAACGCAUCAGUUAGACAAAGCACAACUUGCUGAAGCUUCUUUACGUAGACGUUUAAUUAAAGAAGAGAAAGCCGCUUUUAUACGUUCAACUAGUGGUUAUAAUAAAUUUUGGUAUAAUUCUCGAUUAAAAAAUCCUAUGCAUACAAAUUGUCGAAAUUCUGAAGAGAUUGAUGUUUGUGGUACUGCUACGACUACUACUACUACUACGACAACGACAACUGAUGAAGUAGAAAUCGACACAGAUGUCGAUUUACUUGAUAUGGAUAGUAUUAUAUUAGAUGACAUUGAUGGUUGUGAGAAAUCAAUUCCUCACACAAGAAAAAUUACAAAAAACAAUAACAAACAACGAAUGAAGGUGGUUCAUUCACCGUUGAAUUCUAUCCAUUGCUUUUCGGAGUAUCGUUUAGAUGAUAAUUCGAAUAGAAUUGAAUCAAAUGGGAAAGUCAUAGAUAAUUCUAGCGUGGAACAUUGCCAUUGUUGCAGUUGUCAUUGUCAUAGACAUAAUUAUACAUUUAAUCAGUCGUCUUCUUCAACUAAGUUUCAAUGUUAUGAGAUCGAUAGUCCAUCGAAGAAUUUUGAACAAGCUCAAAAUACUCACCCACAAAGUUCUUCCGAUUCAGCGUUAUUAGACAAAGCUGGAAAUCAUUGCCAAACCAAAUGUCCAGUGGAAACAAAUGUAAAUCAAUAUUAUAAUCAAAAACAAUCAGAACAACCAACUUCUGAAGAGGGUACAUUUAAACACUGUGAUAACUUUGUGGAUUCAUUAUCAAGACCAUCGGAAAUAAAACACAAUGAUGAUAUUUCAGAGGUCCCUGUUCAAUCGAAUUUAUCAUUAUCAUUAUCACCAUCAUCAAAAAAUACUAUAAUGUUGGAGAAAUCGUUAAAACAUAUUGACUCAAAUGAAACAAUGUUGUCUAUAUCCACAUCAGUAGCAACUACUCAAGAUGUUAAUAUUUGUCCACAAGGAUUAUUAUUUAUUCCUAAAACAGAAGUAAAAUCACGUAUACCAGGUCAUGGUGUACAUAUGCAUGAAAAACUUUCAGCUCGUUCAAAAAAACGGUCAGCUAAUUCUAUCCAAGAAAUUGAAGAGAAACAAGCUCGUGCUAGAGUAUUACGUCAGCAACAUCUUUUGGAACGAACAGAACGUGUACAUGAAUUAAGCAAAAAGGUUGAUGAAGUACAUUUACAAAAACGUAUUUUAUUGCAUCAACGUCGUUCAUGUUUAGAACGACGUUUACAUGCAGCUGAACGUAAACGUCAAGCUGAAUUAACACGUCGAGUUCUUAAAGCACAUGAUGAAGAGACUAAAGGAAAAGAAAUUGCAUUUAUACAAACACUUGAAGCGGAACAAAAACAACAUAGUAUUUUAACCAAACAUGAAGAGAGUCGUGCACGAUUAAAUGAACUGGCAAUUGAACGCCAAAGACGUACCGAAGAGAAAUUAUGCCGAGAAGAAGCGGCUAAAAUUCGUCGAAGAGCUUUAGAAGCAUCACGUUUAGCUAGAUUAGAUGCAUUACAAGCUAGAUGGAAAAUUCGUGCACAACAAUUAGCAUCACGUGCUAAAUUAUUAGAACAUUCACGUCGAGCUGCAGCUCGUGCUAAAAAACAAUCACGUGAAAUUAAAAUGGCUACUUUAGAAGAACAACAACGUACACAUAUUGAACAGUUACGUUGCAAGAUUCAACGUAAACAAGAAGAAUCUGAAAGACGUCAUCAAGAGUCACUUAGAGAAAUAAGUAGAAAAGCUUUUGAAAUGUCAAUACUCACUCAUACUGGUGAUGAUUCAUUGACUGUUCCUGGCAUUGAACCUUAUCCAGUACAAAAAUGGUGUAAAGCAUGCCAAGUAAUGAUUAUGUCUGAAGUUCAAUUGAAAAGUCAUUUACACGGUAAACGUCAUCAGAAUGCAAUUAUGGAAGCUGCACAAAAUCGCCCUGUUGGUAGAUCUGAAUUAGAAGCGUUCAAUUUAUCACAUCUUGUUGAUGCACCAAAUGAAUUACCACACUCUCAAUAUGAUACACAACAGGAACGUUUAAAAUUACGUAGAAAACGAGCAAGAAAAUUAAGACAACGAAUGAAUCAAAGAGGUUUGCAGUUUUUGAAAGAACUGGAAAACAACAAGACACCAACACCUGAUUCACCAAACAAGUCACAUCUAAUUAAACUAAUUAAAAAUGCUCAUCGUUUUCUCAAUCUUCCUGAUUCUGGUCCAUGGGUAAUGACACGAGUUCAAGCUAUGGAAAAAUGUUUAAAUAGUUUAUUACGAUGUAUUUCUAAUAAUCAAUUCAAAACUCAUUCCAUUUUAUCAGAUAAUGAAAAUCAAAGUCAGUCAGUUAAUUUAGCAGAUCGACAAGUUUGUCUCGCUAAUGGUUUGUUGUCAAUUCUGGUGAAUCUAAUUGGUUUAAUUCGAGAACAGAAGCCUAGUUCAAAACCGUUAGUCCCGGAGAAACUAUAUAGAAUAGCAUGUUGUCUACUUCAUACAAUAUGCACUUCAAAUAUUGAUGCUUCUAUUUAUAUGUUACUAUCAAAUAAUGUUUCAAUACUUAUUGAUUGUUUAGUAAUACAAUUUACCAUAUCUAUUCCAAAUAAUCGACAUAUUAUUCAAUGUAAUUCAUGUUCAUCAACAACAGAUCAGAAAUCGUCCUCUUCGACAUUCAUUGAACAAUUCAAUCAAGAUUCAUCAGUUUUUAAUUGUUUAUCUAAUCAUUCUUGUACAUUGGAUUUAUUAAAUUGUUUAACUAAUCUAUUAAAUGGUUUCUAUAAAUUGAACUAUUAUUCUACUGAAUUCAAUACUACUACUAAUAAUAAUCAUCAUAGUAUGAGUAGUCGUAGUAGUAGUAUAUCAGGUGGAAUAAAUGGAUUUGCCACAACAACAACAACACCAACACCUUCAUCAUCGACAACAUCAUUAACCUCAAUGAUAACAACAAAAACUUUAUUCGAUGAUGAUUGUCAUGAACAACAACAUGUUAGAAUUGAUUCGCAACGACUUCAAGAUUUACUUAGCUACAUUGUAAGUAGCGGUUUAGUUGAUUUAAUAUCGAUUAGAUUGUCCAAUCCAAAACAAGCUAAUUGGUUAUCAUCCGUAAAUAAUAACCAUACUGAUAUUGGACAUUCGAAUUCAAUAUCUAAACAAUAUACAGAAUAUUGUCAACAAUUUGUAUUAAGUAGUAUUGCUUUUUUAACAAGCCUUACACGUUUACUUGGUAUUUUAUCAAUGAAACAAUGUAACAAUGAUCAAUUGCAUGUUGAACAUUAUCAUCAUCAUCAACAAACACAAACUUCCAAUUCAACUGUUACUACUACAUCAAGUUGUUCUUCUAUGUCAAAGUCAUUAAUUGUUGUUGAUUCAAUAGGAGGAGAAGAUCAAGUAACAGAUAUUGACGAAGAAAAUGAUUCAGAAAAUUGUGUAAAUGUAUUAACUGUAAAAUGUAAAAAUAUUAACUCAUCUCAUGAUCCAACAACAAUCACUAACACAUCUGUCAAAGUCAACUCAUCUGAUAAAUUGGAUUCAAAGAAACAAUUCAAAGAUCCAACACAAUUGUUAGAAACUAUUAGUAGUACUGAAGUGUUUGGCUUAGUACCAUUAUUAUAUUGUCUUUUAUUGGAUCCAAAAAAUAGUCGAUCAGUUGAUACAACGACAACAAUAGGAGUUAGUGUAAAUAAUGAUUCACAAUUGACAACAAUAAAUUGCACUAUGCCAACAUCAGAAUGUUCCGAUAAUAUAGAUCAUCGUCGAAAAUCAACACAAACAAAAAAAUCUUCAAUCAAUUCAAAAUCAUCAUCAUCAUCAUUAUCUGCAGUGUGUAAUUCCAACUGUCAUGAUUCAUUCCCAUUUAGUAGUGAAAUUAUAGCAGAGAUUACUUUGAAUACAUUAAAGUUAAUUAAUUCACUAGCUUCAAUUCAUAAAAAUACUAUGCAGUCAAUUCUUGGCGGUGAACUUAUUUGUCUUUUAAUGAGACAUAUAUUGAUUAAUCUAUUGACACGUUGUAUUCCUCAAUCGAAUACUUAUUCUCUUCAACAAAACAAUUCUGAUAAAACUCCAUUACAUCAUCCUUCCACUCCUCGACAAGAUAAACAGCAAUAUCAAGUAGAAUUUAAAUCGAAUACACUUAGUAACAAGAAUAUCAAUAAUAAUCGUCAAUAUCAAUUAAAUAAUGAUCAUAAUGUUGAUGAUGAUAAUGAUGAUGCAACAGAUCUUCUGCUGUUACCAAGUGGUGCACGAAAAAUUAUUGUCAAAUCAAAACAUUUACAACCAUUGAAAUCGACAAAUAGUGAACAUACUCAAAUUGUUAAAUGUAAAAAUUCCUCUUCAAUAAAGUUGACUAGUUCACAUAGUGGUGAUAAUCAAGCAAUUGAUAACAAGUUUAUCCAAUCUUAUAUGUAUAAAAUAACCAAUCAUAUUUUACAUGAAGUUAUAUUAUGUAUUGGUUAUUUAUGUGUAUUAAAUUCUGAUAAUCAAACUAGUUUACAAUGUGGUUCAUCACCAAAUCUCCUUCAACGUUUAUUAUUAUUACCUUUUGAAUAUUUUAGUUAUUGUCCAUUAACAGAUAUAUUAUAUCCAACAUUAAUUGCUUGUUGUUAUAAGCAUUCAUUAAAUACUAGUAUUUUAGAAACUGAACUUAGUCCAUCUAUAUUAGCUAAUUAUAUUGAAGAACGUUUACUUGAGAAGAAGGUGAAUUCAUUCGGAAAAAUUGAGAAGAAAUGUAAUAAUAAUGAAUUUCUAGAUGAACGAUUCAAUUUUGAGAAACGUUUUAAUAUUUCAGAAUGGAACUCUGCUAAAACUUAUUUCUCAAGAUGAUAAUAACAAACAAUGUACACACAAUAUGACAAUUGUAUAAAUUGAAUAUCAUUAUCAUGUAAAUCAAUGAGAUUAGAAUUGAUGGACAACCUUUUAAUGAUGCUAAAACUAAUCUUGAAAGUGUUCAAUUAAUAACUAGGACCAAAUAAAGAUUAUAAUUUAUAGUGAAUGGUAUUCACCGUUAUGAACUGACAUCAGUGAAGAUGUCAAAAUGUAAUUUGGUCAAUUUGUUGAUGCUAAUAUCUAAGACCUGUCAUCUUAAAUUUGAUUGGUUCAUUCAUAAAUUAUAAUCUCCCUGGUAAUUUUGUUUACUUGUAUAUUUCUUUCUUCUUUCUUUCCUUUCUUUCUUUCUCCUUUCAAUAUUCAAUCUUCCUCUUAUAUAAACAAUAUCAAGUGAGGGUAUUUGAACUUUUUCGAAACAAACAUCUAACAUUCUUUUUAUAAUGUAUACAUCAUAGAAUAGAUAGUUGAUUCAAAGAGAAAUAUCAGUUCUCUUCCAUGAACUAUUCAAAAUAUAGUAUAGUUUUCUAAAGAUAAUCAAAUAGAUUGAUUAUUACUUCAAUAAUCAACAUGUUUUGAAUU